AUGGUCAGGCUGUGGAUUACAGACGCAACAUCUCUAUCACAGGUACUGUACCUCCUGGUUGUCUUUGUGUCACCCCCAAGCUCAACAUCCCUCAUGGCGGCUUCUGCAGCAGAUCAAAGCACCCCUGCCAAUCUGUCUCGUGAUAUGACUGCCAGUCCCCCGGACAUGGCAGACAUAUCACGUCUAGACAUACUGGACGCAAGAGUUGUACAGUCGACUUCAGACAAACAACGAGACGCCCAAGAACUCAGCACGGACGCGCCAACCCGAAUCUCCCAGGAUUUAGACGCUCUGAGCAACAAAUUUGCGCAGAAAGAUGACGGAAGAAUGGCAUAUGCGAAUCGCAAGAAGGAAUCUCUAAACAUCAGCAAAUCGAAGAAAACUGAGAAGAAGUACAGAACAAAACUCGAGUGCUCCAUCUGUUUCCUAGUGCGAACAUUUUCCGAUGCAAACUGCCUUCGCCGACACGAACGCGAGAUCCACCAGAUGCAUGGCGGAUCAAGGAAACUGUUUUGCCAACACAAAAACCGCAACAACCAUAAGAAAAAUCCUUUCAAACGUCCCGAGUAUUCAGUCGCCCAUAUGCGUGCGAUUCAUGGAGGGCAGCCUUCGGACAGCCACGAUGCUGUUAUCCAGGAUGAACUGAAACCCACAACGACUGUAUCAGAGCUCAAGUCAAACGAAGAGACUCCAUAG